AUGGCCGCCGACGGGGUUUUGCAGCCUCUGACUGGCCCCUACAGGUCCUUCGCUGACAUGGUUUCGGUCGUUCCACAACCCCUACCUGAGAUGGAGGUGGCUUUUCGUCCUCCAAAAAUAGUAGAUGGAGAAAUCAUUUUUCACUCCUCGGCAGAGGAGAUUGAGCGCACUGCUUCUCCUUUCCGAUACUCAAUGGUGAUCAAAUUCCUCCACCCACGACCUUCACUUGAUGAUAUCCGUGUGUUCAUUCGAUCUAGAUGGGGUCUAUCCAGCAUGCCAGUUGUCUCCUCCAUGCAGCAACCGCGCCAUGUUUUUAUCCGAAUGUCCAACGAGGAUGACUUCAAUAAAGCACUUUCAAGAGAUUCUUGUGACGUUAAUGGACUUCCUCCAAAUUUUUUCCAUGCUUCAAUUCUUAAGGUUUUGACAGCACCGAUUGGGAGAUUCAUUCGCCGUGAUAAUUCGACGAAGUGCGCAACCCGAACAGAUGGAGCAAGGGUGUGUCUUGAGGUGACUGCAUCCAAGGAUCCUAUUCUACAUUUUUGGAUAGGAAGUCCUGGUUUACUUGGAAGUCGACGGCAAGGGGUAGUGUAUGAAACACUGCCCGCUUACUGCUCUAACUGCAGAUGCCAAGGCCAUAACUUGAAGACCUGUCGCCGAGGUAAUGACCAGAAUAAAAAAGGGAAGGGCAGCUUGGUUUGGGUUAAUAAAGGUGUCAAAACAAAUAUGGAGAAAGAAGGGUUUAAAGUGGAAGAACUAAUUCCUAAGCCAAUUGAAACCGAUGGUUUAGAAGUGGAAGAAAUUAUUUCUAAGCCGAUUGAAACUGAUGGGAUUGAACUCAGUGUCAACACUAUGAAUGCCGUAGGAGGGUUUUCGACAAGUGAGAAAUCUGGUGAGAAGGAAGCAGGAGGCUCUUCGGUUAUUGAGAAAAUUGUUGAAAAGGAAGCUGAAGUUUCUUUGGUUGCUCAGAGUCUGAAAUGUGCUCAUGAGGAGGUGCAGAAUUUGAUCCAGGGCGUGCAUGAAGAAGAAACAGAUUGCAGAAUUUUGAGUGGACCAGAUGGUGUAGGUGAUGGUUAG